CUGGGGGGGGGGGGGAACCAACAGAUGGGAGAUUUCUCUCUCUCUCUCUCUUUCUGCUGAUUUUCAAAUAAAAUGAACAUUUUAGCGGUCAGCGCUGUGGCGCAAUAGGUUAAUCUUCCAACGGUGGCACUGGCAUCCCAUAUGAGCACCAGUUUAAUCCCAGCUGCUCCUCUUCCGAUCCAGCUCCCUGCUGUGGCCUGGGAAAGCAGUGGAAGAUGGCCCAAGCGCUUGCACCUGUGUGGGAGACCCAGAAGAAGCUCCUGGCUGAGGAUCGGCCCAGCUCUGGCCGUUGCAUCCAUUUGGGGAGUGAAUCAGUGAAUCCCCGUCUCUCCUUCUGUCUGUAACUCUACUUCUCAAAUAAAUAAAUAAAAUCUUUAAAAAAAUGAACAUUUUAAAAAGAAAAAUGUUCAUUUAAAAAGGCCCAUCCCUUGAAGCAGGUGAAGUGAGACUUCUCCCAAAAAUAAAACCACUAAAAAUAUAUAUACAAUGUGCACGUGGCCCACAGGGGCUGCCCACCGCGGAGGAGGCGUGGAGUCUGCCGAGGCCUCUCAGGCUCCCCUCCUCUGCUCUCCCACUGGAAUCCAAUCUCCCCAGGCUUCAGUCAAAGCCUUCCUCACCCGCUCACGGCCCGCGGACCUGUCAUGGCCUGGGCUGCACCUGUGGGUGGCAGCGGGCAGGUGGUAAGAAGUUAAGGCUGCAGGCCAAUGGGAAUCACCAGGGGCUUCCGGAGCUGAGACCCAGGUUCCUGGUCAGUGGGCGGGGCAGGGCAGGGAGCUCACGCCCCUCCCCUCGCAGGUGUCCAUGAUGCCCUCUGACCUUGGGCCUUGCUCUGCAGCUGCUGGGGCAGGGAGACAGGUGCACGCGCAGGUGGGAGCCGGCCGUCGUUCCCUGGGGUAUAAGAUGGCUGGCCGGUGGCUGCCCGCCACUCUGUCGGCACCAUGGGGCUGAGCUACGGGCUCUUCGUUUGCCUACUGCUCUGGGGAGGCUCGGAGCUGUGCUGCCCCCAGCCGCUCUGGUUCUGGCAGGGCGGGACCCGCCAGCCCGCGCCCUCCGUGACGCCCGUGGUGGUGGAGUGUCUGGAGGCCCGGCUCGUGGUCACGGUCAGCAGGGACCUUUUUGGCACCGGGAAGCUCAUCCAGGAGGCCGACCUCAGCCUGGGCCCCGAGGGCUGCGAGCCCCAGGCCUCCACGGACGCCGUGGUCAGGUUCGAGGUCGGGCUGCAUGAAUGUGGUAACAGCGUGCAGGUGACUGACGACUCCCUGGUGUACAGCUCCUUCCUGCUCCACGACCCCCGCCCCGCGGGAAACCUGUCCAUCCUCAGGACCAACCGCGCCGAGGUCCCCAUCGAGUGCCGCUACCCCAGGCAGGGCAACGUGAGCAGCCGGGCGAUCCUGCCGACCUGGGUGCCCUUCUGGACCACGGUACUGUCAGAGGAGAGGCUGGUGUUCUCCCUGCGCCUCAUGGAGGAGAACUGGAGCCGAGAAAAGAUGUCCCCCACCUUCCACCUGGGCGACACGGCCCACCUGCAGGCAGAGGUCCGCACGGGCAGCCACCCGCCCCUGCUGCUGUUCGUGGAUCGCUGCGUGGCCACCCCGACACGGGACCAGAGCGGCUCCCCCUAUCACACCAUCGUGGACUUGCACGGCUGUCUUGUGGAUGGCCUCUCCGAUGGGGCUUCCAAGUUCAAAGCCCCCAGGCCGAAGCCGGACGUGCUCCAGUUCAUGGUGGCCGUGUUCCACUUCGCUAAUGACUCCAGGCACACGGUCUACAUCACGUGUCACCUGAGGGUCAUUCCUGCCCAGCAAGCCCCGGACCGGCUCAACAAGGCUUGUUCUUUCAACCAGUCCUCCAGCAGCUGGGCCCCGGUGGAAGGCAGUGCAGACAUCUGUGAGUGUUGCGGCAACGGUGACUGUGACCUCAUCGCAGGCUCCCCCAUGAACCAGAACCAUGCUGCCCGGUCCUCUCUGCGAAGCCGCAGGCACGUGACGGAAGAAGCAGACGUCACCGUGGGCCCGCUGAUCUUCCUGGGGAAGGCUGGUGACCCUGCCGGCACAGAGGGGCUGGCCUCUGCUGCGCAGGCGACCCUGGUGCUGGGCUUCGGCAUGGCCACCAUUGUGUUCCUGGCUGUGGCUGCUGUGGUCCUGGGCCUCACCAGGGGGCGCCACGCUGCUUCCCACCCCAGGUCUGCUUCCCAAUAAAAAAUCAUGACUU